UAGGUAUGUUGGAGACUGCAGUUGUGGGGAACAUGGGAGAAUCCCAACGCUCGGAGGCACAGCCAGCAGUGUGGAGUCUGAGGAAGGGUGGUGGUAACCAAAUAAAGAAACCAAACACCGCAUUCUAAACCCCCCAUAGGGGCGGCGGCCCAGCCCAGGCCAGGUAUGACCCCCGCUCGUCGGCUCCCCACUUUUUCCCUCUAUAUAUUUCUUUCCUUCCAGAUCUUGAACAUAUAAUUUAACCUCUAAUUGGCUAUGAGUAUGACUCCAUCGCCACCGUCUAAAACCAGAAGCCUUUCCUUCUUCUCUUCCUUCUCGUAAUACCAACAGUAAUAAUAAUUCCUCUUCGUUUCUUCCCUGUGGUUGAUGAGAGAGGGGAGGUCGUCCGAGAUGUCGGACGAGGAGCCCCCCGGGGGCGGCGGCCCUCCUCCGCCGUUCUCCGACCAGGUACUGGAGAAUGUCCUCGAGAGCGUGCUUCAGUUCCUGGACUGCCGCCGGGACCGGAACGCGGCGUCGCUGGUGUGCCGGUCGUGGUGCCGCGCCGAGGGCCAGACCCGGCGCGAGCUCUUCAUCGGCAACUGCUACGCUGUCUCCCCGGCACGCGCCGUCGAGCGCUUCCCCCGUGUCCGGGCGCUCGUUCUUAAGGGCAAGCCCCGGUUCGCCGACUUCGAGCUCGUUCCCGCAGGGUGGGGUGCCGGCUUCUCCCCCUGGCUCGCCGCCCUCGCCACCUCCAACCCCUGGCUCGAGCGCCUCUGCCUCAAGCGCAUGUCCGUCUCGGACGCCGACCUCUCCCGCCUCGCCCGCUCCUUCCCGUCCUUCCGCGACCUCACCCUCAUCUGCUGCGACGGCUUCGGCACCGUCGGCCUCGCCGCCAUCGCCGAGCAUUGCAGGCACCUCCGAGUGCUGGAUCUGAUAGAGAACGACGUGGAGGACCAGGGGCUGGACUGGGUGUCGAGAUUCCCGGAGUCGACGACGAGCCUGGAAUCGCUCGUCUUCGACUGCGUGGGAUGCGAGGUGAACAUGGAUGCCUUGGAGGCGCUCGUCGCCCGCUCCCCCUCCCUCCGGAGGCUGCGGGUGAACCAGCGCGUCUCCGUCCGCCAGCUUCGGAGCCUCAUGGUGCGGGCGCCGCAGCUCUCCGACCUCGGCACCGGUUCCUUCGGGGAGGGUGGAGAGGUGGGGGAGGGGGAGGGGGAGGUGGAGGUCGCUGACCUGGAGGCCGCCUUCGCCGCCUCCAGGUCGCUGGUGUGCCUCUCGGGCUUCCGGAACCACGCUCCGCAGUUCAUCCCUGCCAUCUACCCGGUUUGCGCCAACCUCAUCUCUCUCAAUCUCGGCUACUCGGUAAUCACCGCCGAGGAGCUCGAGCCGGUCAUUAUUCAUUGCCACAAUCUCCAGACUUUCUGGGUCCUUGACACUGUUCAUGACGAAGGGCUCCAGGCAGUGGCUGCGACUUGCAAGGAUCUCCGUGAGCUCCGUGUAUUCCCCUUGGAUGGAACAGAGGACUCCGAGGGCUUUGUAUCAGACAUCGGUCUCAUUGCAAUUUCUGAGGGAUGUCCGAAGCUCCGGUCGAUUCUUUACUUCUGCCACGGAAUGACCAAUGCUGCUGUGGUGAGCAUGUCCAAGAAUUGCCCAGAGUUGGUCGUGUUCCGCCUCUGUAUCAUGGGCCUCCGCCGCCCUGAUCGCCUCACCGGGGAAGCCAUGGAUGAGGGGUUCGGGGCCAUCGUGAUGAACUGCAAGAAGCUCACCAGGCUUGCUGUGUCUGGCCUGCUGACUGACAAGGCGUUCUUGUACAUUGGAAAGUAUGGGAAGUCAGUAAGGACCCUGUCGGUGGCCUUCGCGGGGAACAGUGACUCGGGUUUGAGGUACGUGCUUGAGGGGUGCCCCAAAUUGCAGAAGCUUGAGAUCAGGGACAGCCCUUUUGGGGAUGCAGCUCUUCUCUCUGGGCUUCACCAUUACUAUAGCAUGAGGUUCUUAUGGAUGUCUUCGUGCAAGCUUUCGAUUAGGGGUUGCAAGGAAGUGGCGCAGAGGCUACCUCACUUGGUAGUGGAAGUGAUCAGGGACAGACCUGAGAAAGAUGAUGAUGAGGCCAUUGAUGAUGGUGAGGCUGUUGAGACGUUAUACAUGUACCGGUCUCUUGCAGGGCCAAGGGACGAUGCACCUCGAUUUGUGAAGAUUUUAUAGGCUUUUCCUUUCGGUAGAGAUACUAGGGAAAAGAACAAGCCAGGCUCUUCUUUACUUCUGGGUGUCGCCGAGGAGCUUAUUUCCAAACGGAUGAUGCUUUGCUUCAUUGCAAUGAGUGUGAAUUUGGCGGAAAGUUUUCAUGGCCACCAAAUAAUUCUCAUGCUUCAUGCCAUCGAGACCGGAUAGCUCCAUUAUUAUCGUUUAUUUUUAAUCUUCUUUCCCCCUCAUGCUUGGGUUGUUGAAAUAGAGGGUCAUUAGGUACCAAUCUUUCAGUGCAUCUCUUUCUUUUGUUUGCACAGUUGAAAACUUUGAUGAGCUAGAAGCAGAGGGGGAGCAUAUUAGAAGUGGGAAAGGGUAAGGUGAUCUUGUUGUAUGAAUACAACAUUAUCUAUACAAUCUUCUAGCAUUAUGAGAUCAUCAUAAGAGCAAUACUGCAUGGUGAUGGGCCUCAGCAAGGUGGUUUCAGAUGGCAGUGGAUACAUCCAAUGCCUCGAGUGUGCUGAGACCUCUCUUUCUUUUGUGCUCCUGGAGAAGAAAGUGAGUGCAUCUUUGGAUCGUUUUCCUAUCCAGGACCAGGCCUUGAUCAUGAGGUGAAACUUGGAACUUUGAAACUGCUAGUUACUUUAUUAUGUCUAGGAGUUUCUUAGUAUUCCACGAAAAAGUUCGAGUUAUCUUCCCCAUCAGAUGUUUCUUAGUUCAUCAAUUUUUGUGAUUGUUUGAGCAAUAUAUCAGAUCCUCUCGAAGGAACUGAAGAAUAUCUGCUUUCACCUCUCUGUUUUUUUUUAAUUAUUAUUUUUAUUUUUUUAUCUCUAUGUCUUUUCUAGUAAUGCGAUAAGUUUUUAAUUAA